AACUACAAGUUCCUAACACCAUGUAGUUUGACGUUUCACACAUCAGAAGGCUUUUGGCUAGAAACUUGUGUUUAUUUUCUUUAGCGGACACCCAGUUAUCCUUGGUUCUAUCGUUAUUCUUGACAGGUACACAGUUGGAUAUAUACGUGGCUGUGUAAUACCGAAGAAAGUCUAAAACUUGUUACAAAACUGUCCCUUGGACGAUAAAUACACUGGCGUAAGGGCUAGUAACGUUAGUAGUUAGCCAAGUAUUUAGCUAAUUAGCUAGCUAGCAACAACAAGGAAAGAUGGGGUCGAUUCUUAGCCGGAGAAUCGCUGGCGUUGAGGAUAUUGAUAUACAGGCGAAUUCUGCUUACAGAUUUCCACCGAAAUCGGGGAAUUACUUUGCCAGCCAUUUUUUCAUGGGAGGGGAGAAAUUUGACACUCCCCAUCCAGAGGGUUACCUAUUUGGAGAAAACAUGGAUCUGAACUUCCUUGGAAAUAGGCCUGUACAAUUUCCGUACGUGACCCCGGCACCCCAUGAGCCUGUGAAGACCCUGAGAAGUCUGGUCAAUAUCAGAAAGGACUCCCUGCGCUUGGUCAGGUACAAAGAUGACACUGAUGCUCCAGUAGAGGAAGGAGGGAAGCCAAAGGUUCUGUAUGGUGUGGAAUUCACAUUUGACGCUGAUGCUCGUGUGGCUAUCACCCUGUAUUGCCAAGCUUUUGAGGAAUUCACCAAUGGGAUGGCAAUGUACAACCCAAAGGGCCCAGCCCUGGUUUCUGAGACUGUACACUAUAAGAGGGGUGUGAGCCAACAUUUCUCCCUGCCUUCUUUCAAAAUCGAUUUCACCGACUGGAAGGAGGAGGAUCUGAACUUUGAGCUGGACCGGGGUGUUUUCCCCAUGGUGAUCCAAGCUGUGGUGGAUGAAGGGGAUGAUUGCUUGGGACAUGCACAUGUGCUGCUGGCAGCCUUUGAGAGACAUGUGGAUGGCAGUUUCUCCGUCAAGCCUCUGAAGCAGAAGCAAAUUGUGGAUCGUGUGAGCUACCUGCUGCAGGAGAUCUAUGGAAUUGAAAACAAAAAUAACCAAGAGACCAAGCCGUCGGAGGAUGAGAACAGUGACAACAGCAAUGAGUGUGUUGUUUGUCUGUCAGACCUCCGAGACACCAUCAUUCUGCCCUGCAGACAUCUGUGUCUCUGCAACUCCUGUGCUGACACCCUGCGUUACCAGGCCAACAACUGUCCUAUCUGCAGACUGCCCUUCCGAGCCUUGCUGCAGAUCAGAGCUGUGAGGAAGAAGCCUGGGCCGCUGUCCCCUGUGUCGUUCAGCCCUGUACUGGCUCAGACCAUGGACCAUGAUGAGCACUCGAGCUCAGACUCGGUUCCUCCAGGUUUUGAGCCCAUCUCUCUGCUGGAGGCUCUGAACGGCCUGCACUCUGUGUCCCCCUCCAUCCCCCCCGCCCCCCUCUACGAUGAUAUUAACUUCUCUGGGAGCCUGGUAGGGGAGGGUCGGCCGCUGGGCUCCCCAGAACACUCCGGUGACGGGGGCCUGCAGAAGGGCAAAGUCAGCAAGUCACCUGACAGCACCCUGAGGUCGCCCUCAUCACCUAUCCAGGAGGAGGAUGAGGAGAAGCUGUCUGAGAUGUCGGACGCCCAGCCUCACACACUGCUCUCCAGCAGCCCAGCUCCCACCGAGGCCACUGCAGCCGAGGAUGUACCGGAGUCCAUCUCCCCAGAUGAUGAGGACAGGCUGCACUCUGGAGGAGAGAGAGAGAUCCUUCAGGACUACAGCAGUGAACACAGCAGCCUGACCAAAACAGAGAGUGACCCGCCAGGGGACCUGUCUCUGCCAGGGUCAUCAGAGAGCCUGAAGAGUCAGAGUACCAACUGCUCCAGCCAGCCCCUCCUGUGUCCCUCCAGCAGCCUUCACAUGGAGGAUGAGCAACUUGACCCCUAACCUCUGGGCCCAACGCUUCUCCCUCUCUGGCUGAGUCCCAAUUCACUUUCUCGCAUGGAUUUAACAAUGGUGGAAACUCCCUCCAGUCAAUAAUUACACCAAUCCAAUGCUUUUAAAUCCAUGACGGGGAGUGUGAAAGUGCACAUUUAGCCUAAAAUAUGAAUAAUUGGGACUUAGCCAUGGUCUCCUCCCAAACCCAUCCCUCCCCCAUGAUCCAGUCCCCUUGGGCCUUGUAGAAGACCUCUCUCCGACUUUGGUCACCGAUUCAUGCCAUAACUGGCAUUGAUUCAAAAUGUGUUUGUGGUGGUCAUUGCAAGGAUUUACUAAAACCAUACUAUACCUUAACAAAAAAACAACAAGUCCUUAAUUAGAUUGCUUUGCAUACAUACAUUUAGGAGUGUGUAAUUGUUUAUCCAUUCUGGAUGGGGAUGUGGUGCAGUGGCGGACAUUGCAUGAUUCCAGUGGUUGAGUAUGACUACCAUCAUAUGGUGGUACUAGAAGCACACUCACUUUCAGUUUACUCUACUCAAAUUACUGCUUGACACUAAUUGUUUUAAAGAGCAUUAAUACCAUUCAUGUUGUAUUCAUCUAAACUAAUAACUUUUUUUAACUGUUAUUUCUUGGUGCUUGUAUGAUAUGAAACGUUUUUGAAAACAAACUUUGAAACAUUUCAGUGGACAUUUGACAUGAUUAGACAUGACAUAAUUGAAUGGUGUCAUUUUUAAAGGUUUUGAGGAUUCAUUCAUUUUACUUUGAAAUGGUGAAUUCCCCUGUCAUAGCAAGUCAAAUUGAGGCAUUUCAUUUCAAGUUGUCUUCAACGGUAAAUAUCUGCAUUUGUUUGUUUUUAUACCGAAUUAUGUGAUAUCUUAUAUAUUGUACCUGUACUAGAAAAUUGUGUAGAUUAAUUUGCAAAGUUGUAUAUUUGUGUAUUAUAGAAGAAAAUCUGUGGAUUCAAAUAAGGAGAUUAGUAGAUACAGCUACACGCACAGUAUCUCACAUAUAGCUGAUCGAUUUUUAGUGACAGAGUCCAGCUUUACACCCUAACAGCUGAACACAAAGAUAGAGCCUGCAACAAGCCAAUACGCUAUGCUGACUGUAUAGCACAAACUGUGUUAUUUGUAGACGUGGCAUAUUUCUGUAGUUAUAUUGUGGCUUGUCAUCCUGGCAUAGUCAUUGUCUUGCUCAAGUUCCAUGACUUGCAGUAUCUGACUUCCCUAUAGAUGUAGCACCAUACAUAUAGGUCUAUGUGCCUUCAACUAAACAGAUAUGGCUGCUGCUAGUUGCAUUUUUGGUGUUCUUGUGAUGAAACUGUUUCAGGAUAUACAGCUGUAUGAGCCUGUAGUCUAAGAGGUUUUUAUUUACAUUUGCUGAUAUACAGAGCUGUAAAAGUAUGACAUUUCUUUGCAUUCUCAAUGGUUCGUUAAAUAUUUUUAAAGAAACCUAAUUGUUAUUAAAACCAACUGUUCAGCAAUUACAAUUAUGUUAAGUCCAUAUAUUGAUACAUUUAAUCUAAAAAUGAACUACAUUAUGAGUAGACUUGGUUGUUAUUUGGUCUGUAUUGUGUGUGUGUUCUCAUUUUUCCCCCCAGGAGGAAUAAACUAAAUGCUUCUCGACCAUUUUACUUAUGCAAUAUCUUGAGACAUUGCAUCUUUAACAUUAGGUUAUCUUUCGCUUGUGAGUUUUGUUGUAAAGGGGUGUAAAAACGAUCCAAUCUGCUUUGGAUUAAUACUGUUCAUGUCAUGUGUCUUUGACUAACGAUAUGUCAUGUUAACUUUGAUGAUACACUUGUGCCUUGUUCCUGUUUCUCACUAUUAUUGACCUGGUAUCCAGGAUAACACCACAUUUAGUGAUUCAUAACUCUAUCAAUUUCUGUCUGUCCCUGUGUACAGAUGUAGGAUCUUCAUUUGAUCAAUCUUCUGUUACUGAGAAUUUUCCUGCCCAGCAGGAAAUGCAAACUUGUAGUGUAUUCAAGGUUUAAAAAGGCUUCUAAAGUUUGUAAUUUCUACUUUAAAAUAUCAGACUAGAUUUGCACUAAUGAAAAAUGUAUCAACCCCUACAAAAAUGUCCCAUUCAUUAUAAUCCACAUAAUUCAAAUUUUCUGUUGCUGCAGGAUUACUUUCCUGCUGUAGCGAACUGGCUCAAAUUAAGAUCCUACAUGUGUAGCCUAUAGUCGCAUGUGAAUAACAAUUAAAUAAAUGUAAUGUUGAACACUUCUGUUUUUAA